AUGGACAGCAAGGUGUGGGGUGCCUGCCUCCUCUGCUUGCUGUGCCCCUUACCCACCGUACUGGGCCACGUGCACCCAGAGUGUGACUACAUCACCCAGCUGAGAGAGGAUGAGCGAGCUUGUCUGCAAGCGGCAGAGGGGAUGUCCAACUCCACCUUUGGCUGCCCCAGGACCUGGGAUGGGCUGCUGUGCUGGCCGACGGCAGGCUCUGGCGAGUGGGUGAGCCUCCCCUGCCCGGCUUUCUUCUCUCACUUCAGCUCAGAGCCAGGGGCCGGGGCCUUGAAGCGGGAUUGCACCGUCACGGGCUGGUCUGAGCCCUUCCCGCCCUAUCCUGAGGCCUGUCCUGUGCCCCUGGAGCUGCUAACUGAAGAGAAAUCCUACUUCUCCACCGUGAGGGUCGUCUACACCAUGGGCCACAGCGUCUCUGCCGUGGCCCUCUUCAUGGCCAUCACCAUCCUGGUUGCCCUCAGGAGGCUCCACUGCCCCAGGAACUACAUCCACACCCAGCUGUUCGCCACCUUUAUUCUCAAGGCGGGAGCUGUGUUCCUGAAGGAUGCCACCCUCUUUCACGGCGAGGACACGGACCACUGCAGCUUCUCCACUGUUCUGUGCAAGGUCUCUGUGGCCACCUCCCAUUUCGCCACCAUGACCAACUUCAGCUGGCUGCUGGCAGAAGCUGUCUACCUGACCUGCCUCUUGGCCUCCACGUCACCCAGUGCAAGGAGAACCUUCUGGUGGCUGGUCCUUGCUGGCUGGGGGCUUCCCCUGCUCUUCACCGGCAUGUGGGUGGGUUGCAAGCUGGCCUUUGAGGAUGUUGCGUGCUGGGACCUGGACGACAGCUCCCCCUACUGGUGGAUCAUCAAAGGACCCAUCGUCCUUUCCGUUGGGGUGAACUUUGGGCUUUUUCUCAAUAUUAUCCGUAUCUUGCUGAGGAAACUGGAGCCAGCUCAGGGCAGCCUCCACACCCAGCGUCAGUACUGGCGUCUCUCCAAGUCAACCCUUCUCCUCAUCCCGCUGUUUGGAAUUCACUACAUCAUCUUCAACUUCCUGCCUGACAGUGCUGGCCUGGGCAUUCGCCUCCCCCUGGAGCUGGGACUGGGUUCCUUCCAGGGCUUCAUUGUUGCCAUCCUGUACUGCUUCCUCAACCAAGAGGUGAGGACUGAGAUCUCACGGAGAUGGCGUGGCCACGAUCCUGAACUUCUGCCAGCCUGGAGGACUCACGCCAAGUGGACGAUGCCUUCCCACUCAAGGGCGAAGGUGCUGACAUCUGUGUGCUAGGCUGGCCACAUCACGUGACUAGAAUCCACACCUGAACUUGGGCAGCUACCCGGGCCCACCACCCUUCAGAGGAGUGAGAGCAG